AUGGAGUCGGCGAUGACGACGUGGACGGCCGUGGCGUCGUCGGUGGCGGACCAGGGGCGGAAGCUGGCGGCGGCGGCUGGGCCGACCUGCUCGACCGUGGCGGAGAAGGGGCGCCAGGUGUGCUCGACCGCGGCGGAGACGGGGCGCCAAGCGUGCUCGUGCGCGGCGGAGGUGGGACGCCAGGCGGGGACGGUGGCCUGGAAGCUGACGCGGAGCACGGGGAAGGCGGCGUGGAUCGCAGGGACGAGCUUCCUGGUGCUGGUGGCGCCGCUCAUGAUCCUGACGGACCGUGAGGCCGCGUUCAACGAGAUGUAUAACGCGCGGACAGAGUACCAGACCCUCUUGGGCCCUCCUUCCUGGUAG